CGGGUCAUGGCACCAACGCAUGGUCUGACAGCGGGAAGGGUUCUUGGGCCAUACGCUGGCUUCGAUGUCGGCAACAGCGCUCUUGUCUGAAGCAUAAAUAGCGACGUUGAUCUCACUUGAGCCUUCUCUUCCAGACGAGACCAUCGGCAAGGCUACUUGCCCAUUGCCUCUCAUCCAACCGAUGCAUCUCCAACUCUUGAACUCUUGAAACAUGUGUUUUUACGACAUGCACCGAUUCGCUUGUGGCGAUUGGAAGUGGGGCAACUUCCGCCAGCACUGCGCCAAGGAGUACCGCAUGGGCGAAACGUGCGGCAUGAAGCUCGUGAACCACACCAUCCAUGUACCGCAGAAGUGCAAGAUCUGCGAGAAGGUCGAGUGCAAGCAGAGGAAGCGGGCCGCGGAAGUGGACCGCAUCCACCGCUGGCAGCGCGAAGGAAAUAAGUUCCGGGCGUCCAUCGACAAAUCAAUGGACGCGAUUGCCAACAUUGAUGUCGAAAUCCGGAACUUGAACUACGAGAUGGCACGCCGACGCCAACAGAUUGGCGCGCAAGCAUGUACGUGAGUCGGUCGCGAUGGCGCGGGCGUCUGGAGGCCGGUUUCAUAUACACUGGUUUGGGACGUGAUUUGGACGGAGCCCACACUUUUUCUGGCGUUUGUGGACGGAUUGACAGGGAAACGGCCGACGAUUAGGACAGA